AUGGCGUUAUCUAAAUUUGGCAUUCCCCGCACAGCCCAGCACUUCUUAGAGUGUGGCAUUGAAGAAUGUGAAAGAAACUGCGAGUUCUACUGCAACCCUUGCCAUCAAAGAUUGUGUAAACAAUGCAGCGAGGAACAUCUGAAAAGUCCAGAAAACAAGACCCAUGUGGUAGUCCUUUACCAGCAACGUAAACGACAACUUCCUGUGGAGAAAUGCAAGAUCCACCCCACAAAAGAUGUGGACAUGCUCUGUGAAGAUUGCCAGGUUUCCUUAUGUUCCAAAUGUGCUACAAAGGGAGACCACCCAAAACAUACAUUUGUUGAUCUUGAAGCAGUCUACGCAGAAAAAUUUGCGGUCUUCGAACAGGAAAUUUCCAAAAUUCACGAGUAUUUUCUCCCUACAUCACAAAAUUUAAAGAAAGAGAUUAAAAAAGAUUCCUCAGAAAUCAAACACUUUAUAGACAACAUUAGAACAUCCAUGAAGACUGAAGGUGAGACCCUGAAAAGUCUGGUGGACACAGUCAUAUCUGAGAACAUGAAGCAGUUAGACCAGAUAGAGCAAUCACUGUUAGAAGAUCUGAACACACAAGACAAGACAUUAGAUGACUAUAUCACUUAUCUUAAUAACCUUGUCAAAGAGCUCCACAGAUGCCUGUCCUCUACAGAAACCCAGAAAUUAAUGUCUGAGAAGAAACCAAAGAUCCGAUCCAUACCAGAGACAGCAAAACCUGUCACACCAGGAUUUAUUGCUGGUCAAUACAACAAACAUGAUGUCACUAAAUUACUUGGUAAAAUACAGGUCCCCAACACUAAAGCAGAGAAGAGAGAAAUAAGACCCAUUGAAAGUAUCUACAAUACAACAAUGAAACUUACACAUAAACAGAUGAAAGAAGACAGAAAGAAAUCUGACAUGAAACAAACAAUGUUUCUAUCUGCCUCUGUCACCAAGGUCAGGGGGUUCAAUGUACCAGGUGUUGAUGAAGUAUACCAUGUAUCACUAGAUCAAUCAGACAUACUCUUGAUCAGUGACAGAGAGGGUAAUCUUGUCCAAACAGAUCUACAGGGGAAUGUGAUACAGAAGAUAAAAACCAGUGGUAGAGGUGAAGGUUACCACACAGUGACACCGAAAGGGGAUCUGAUCUUUACAGAGAAAGGCAAGAAAGUAAUCAAUAGGAUAACACAGGAUAAUAAUAUCACUGAAUUCAUUAAAACUGGAGGCUGGAGACCACUCAGCAUACACUCCUCCCACAUCAACGGGGACUUACUGGUGGGGAUGGUGAGUGAUGGUUACGAAGAGGCUAAAGUCACCCGUUACAACAAGACAGGAAAAGAACUACAGAACAUACAGAGGGAUAACAAAGGACAGGGACUGUAUAGUUAUCCACGCUUCAUCACAGAAAACAUCAAUGGAGAUAUCUGUACAUCUGACUUUUAUAAAGGAAUGGUGGUGGUGAAUAAAUCAGGACAACACAGGUUCUCCUACACAGGUCAGAAGUCAGGGUUCGAUCCCUAUGGAAUCUGUACUGAUGUCCUCGGUCACAUCCUGGUGUGUGAUGAUAACAGUAAGGCUGUUCACCUCCUUGAUCAGGACGGUCAGUUCUUGUCUCUAUUACUCACACGACAACAAGGGGUAGAGUAUCCCCGAAGUGUGUGUGUGGAUGAUGAGAACAAUCUCUAUGUGGGACAAGAUCACACCAACACACUGACAGUGUACAAGUAUUUACAGUGAAAUAUAACAUUCCAGUUAAGUUCAUGUAUUCUUUUAUAAAACCAUUCUGUGUGUUUACAUGUCAUUGCACAGUUAUAAUA